GGGCCCGGGCGCUGUUUUACCCCCGAGUCUCAGCCAUGGCCAGACGCGCUCGUGGGUCCCCGCCAUGCUCGCUGCUCGCCGCCUUGCUGGCGUCGGCGCUGUUGGCGCUGUCGGUGACGCCGGCGACAGGCCGUGGUGGCCGCGACCACGGGGACUGGGACGUCCUCGCUCAGCUGCCUCCGCUGCCGCCUCGCGAGGACGCGGCGCGCGUGGCCCGCUUCGUGACGCACAUCUGCGACUGGGGCGCCCUGGCCACCACCUCCACGACCCCCGAGCUCCGCGGCCAGGCCUUUGCCGACAUCCUGUCGCUGAGCGACGGGCUUCCCGGCCAGGGCAGCGGGGUGCCCUACUUCUACCUGAGCCCCCUGCAGCAACUCGUGGACAACUUGCAGGAGGAUGCCAAUGCCACCCUAACCCUGACUUUGGGCCAGACUAGUUUCUGCAGGAAGAAUGGAUUUGAUGUCCAGAACCCCCUGUGUGUUCACACUAUCCUGUCGGGUACCGUGAUCAAGGUGAAUGAGACGGAGCUGGAAUUUGCCAAGCAGGCCCUGUUCACGCGGCACCCCGAGAUGAAGAGCUGGCCAGCCAGCCAUAACUGGUUCUUUGCCAAGCUGAACAUCACCCACAUCUGGGUGGUCGACUACUUUGGGGGCCCAAAGACGGUGACACCUGAGGAGUAUUACCACGUCUCCUUCCAGUGAGAUCUCCAGGAUGCCUCUGGAUCCCUCAGCAAGGAAGCCCUGGAUGUGGUGUUUCCUGGACAGCAGAAUGUUCCUCCCCACGUGUGAGCAUUCACCUACCUGCUUGCUUAACCGAAUCGACUUGGAUCCUUCCGAUGUCCCCAUAGAUGGAGCCAUUAGAAUUUCCCCCUCC